CACCGAGGGAAUGCUGGGAGAUGUAGUUCCUUUCCUGCUCCAGAGCCGGCUCUGCGAGCAAGGAACUGGCCAAGGAACUACAACUCCCGGGGUUCCUGGGGACCGCGGCUCCUGGAGUCCCGGGCAGGGUGCCUGCGGCCCGAGGGUGAGGCUCAAGUAUAUAUGAGCGCUGUACUAAAGGAUUCUACAGCAUGUGAAGGUGAAGACGGAAGGGCUGUAUAAACUGAAUCACCGGCGAGGGAGAACUGUUGGAAGCCAUGAGAUGGCUGCAAAACCCAAGAAAGGUUUAAAAGGUUCCAUCCAGGACAUGCUCAGUGACCUCCUGGGAGAUGAUGAUGAAACCCCCAUUCAAUCCAACAAGCCUUCCCAGCACUCUGGGGGCAGUGGAAGGAGACCCAGGGACAUCGUCUCCAAAGCCAGCAAAAACUCCGUUUUGGAGGAUGGUGUCUUCAGCAAGAUGGCUGCAGAGGAAGGUGCAGGAGCAGAGGGAUCCGACCUCUCAGAUGUAGACCCACAAGCUUUGCUGGAGACCCUGAAGGAGAUGGAUGACAUGGAAGCUGAUCUCCUAGGCAUAAAGAAGUCUAGUUCUGGGGCUGGGAGGACAAUGGCAAAGGGUUCCGAGAAACUUGACUCCUCAAGUGAUCUGGCAAAAACUUCAGGGAAGCUAACGACUGUUGAGAAAGGAGAGUCUGCCACUGGAAUUGAAAAGAAACCUCUCUCCACUCCCACCAUCCCCCAGCGGCAGUACAAGAAGUUUUCCUUUGAAGAUUUAGACGAUCCUUUGGCAGGGCUUUUAUCGGAUGAGGAGGAAGAUGCUGCUAAGAAGUUACCUCCAACAGGCACCAAAAGUAGCCCUGAAAGACAUACUGGACCAGCCAAAGGGAUCUCUCUCUCCUCAGCUCCUGGCCGUGCUGUUGCUCCCAUGCGGAGGAGGGAGGAGCUGACAUUUGAAGAUGAUGGGGAUGACCUGAUGGACGCGCUGGGGUUUGGCGAGAGUCCGAGGGGAGAGCUGAAGCAGGAGAGGAAAGGAGAAGAAGAAGAGCUCCGCCCUGCCCGCUCCAAGCUGGAGGAGUUGUUGGGCAAUGGGACUGCAGCCAAACUCCUGGAGAGACCGAUCACGGGAGAACGCAAGGAGUUCAAACUGGAUACAAAAUACCAACAGCAACCUGAUAAGGAAACUCUUUGGGGCGAUGAGGAUUUCACCUUCGGGGCCUACCAGCCCACCCUGGCCUCCACACCCGAGGGCCGGCAGUCAAGACGACAGUCUGUCAGGUUUUCAGCCGAGAAUAUCCAUGAACUGAACAUGGACCAAAGGUCCAAACCAACCACUCCAGCCACCACGAGCCCCAUGCGAGGCAGUAAGACCGGCGCUGACUGGCUGGGCUUGAAAGACGAGGACUUUAUCGAUUUGGACCCUCCAUCUCCGGCCAAGGAUGCCGCCAAAGGUAGUCCUGCGGCAGCCCCUUUGAACAUGCCAUCCAGCUCCUCCGCCACCAAGCAGCCCAGCCCAGCCAGCCAGCUCCUUCCUGGGACAAAGUCAGCAGCAGAGGAAGCAGCAGCGAAACCCAGACCACAGGAGGAGGAGGAGGAUAGCUGGCUGAACGACGCCUUGUCUCGAAAGAAAUCCCAGUUGCAGGGGAAGGUCAAGGAGAAAAGGGCUGGGCCCUCGGGCUCCCUGAGACAGGAUGACGAGGUGGACACGGUUACUGUUACCAGCCAGCCAGCUCCCUCUGUGAGAGAACCUCAGCGGUCUGCUAUCCCAGAAGAUAAGUCCACCAGGAUGGAAGACUCAGGGUAUCCCGUUCCAUGGCUAACCACUCAGAAACAAGCCUCAUCUCUUACAUCUGAGUCCAGGAAAGGGGCACCUCCUGGAGACACCAGUAACGCAGCUUCUCUCCAAGGACAUCCAGAGGGUCUGGGGUUUCCCACACUAACUCAGGUUGCCAUGUCUGGAGCUCCUCUCCAGCAGGUUCUAUUGCCGCAGCAGCUCCGGCAGGCCGAGCCCCUGGCCCUGAGCUUGCUGAAUGCCAGUGAGUACGAGAAGAGGCUGGUGGCUUUGCAGGCACAGCUGAGGGAGAAUGCGGCAGGGCACCAGGCAGAGCUGCUGAGUGCCCAGACUCGCCUCGCCGAGCUGGAGAGCCAGGUGCGGAAGCUGGAGCUGGAGAGGAAUCAGCAGAAGCUGCUCCUGGAGAGUCUGCAGCAGCGUCAUCAGGAAGACGUGGAGCUCAUUGAAAAUGCACACAGGAGCCGUGUGAAGGUGAUGGAGGAAUCUUCCCGGCAGCGCGAGGCGAGGCUGCGCCAGGAGAACGAGGAACUGGCAGCGCAGUACCUGUCCCACUGCCAAAGCGCAGAGCGGGCCAAGUCGGAGCUCCUGGCACAGCAGCAGCGCAGGCUGGCAGAGCUGGAGCAGGAGAAGGUCCAGGAGGUGGAGAGGCUGCGGGAGCUGCAGCGGGCGUCCAUUCUGGAGAUGCGCAAAGACCACGAAUUGCAGCUACAGAGGUUGAAACGACUGAAAGAUCAGGAGAUUGACGCGGUAACCAGUGCUACCUCCCAUACCAGGUCUCUGAACGGCGUCAUUGAGCGGAUGGAGAAGUUUUCCAGUAACCUGAGUGACCUCUCCUAUAAGGUGGAGGCUACUCACCACAACACGUCGCAGGAGCUUGAGAUUGGAGCCCGUCAGCGGGACGAACAGCUCAGGGGGCUGUACCUGAGCAAGACAACUGCGCCAAAGAUCCUCUGUGCUGAAAGCGGCUCCCCGGUAAUGUCCUGUAGCCAGACAACACUCCCAGCCAGCCAGACAGUGCUGCAGGACAGACUGAUGCGACAGCAGAGGGACAUGGAGGAGGAGCGGAGCCGGCUGCAGGAGGUCAUCGCUAAAAUGGAGGCCAGGCUGAGUGAGCAAACUCGUCUCCUUGAGCAGGAACGCUGGAGGGUGACAGCAGAACAAUCCAAAGUGGAAUCUCUACAGCGCUCGCUAGAGGAGCAGCGGAGGGUGAUGACCCAGCAGCUGACCAUGGAGAGGGAAGAGCUGGAGCGGGCAAAGAAUGUCUUGCUGGAGGAGCAGAAGUCGGUCAUGCAGAAGUGCGCGGAGGAGCGUCGAAAGCUCGCCAUGGAGUGGUCGGAGUUCCACACCCAGCAGAAGCUGAGCAAGGAGCGGACAGAGCGUGAUGUCGACCGCGCCCUGCAGAUAGACUCCCAGAGGGAAGGGGCCAUCAUGACCCUGGCAAAGGAACAAGCGGAUCUGAAAAUCAAGGCCAGUGAGCUGAGGGCUAAGGAGGAGCAGCUGGCUAGAGAAAGGGAAUCUGUGGAGCAAGAGAGGCAGGAGCUGAGGCUCGAGAAGGAAAGGGUUAAUGCGGCCGCUUUGCACGUCAAACAGAGGGCAGAGGAGAUUGACAGCAUGAGCAAGCUGUCCUCACAGAAGUACGAGGAGGGGGAGAGAGCCCUGCUAGAGGCGAAGAAGGUGGAGUCAGAACAUCAGACGAGGCUGUGUACCGUGCAGCAGCGGCUGGAACGGCUGAGGCAGCAGGAGCAGCACCUGCACCAGGAGCGCCAGAACCUGGCUCAUCAAAGGAGACAGCUUGAACAGCUGCGAGAGGAGCUUCCAAACAGCCCGGUGCAGUUCCUGACCAAGCCCUGGGUGCCACACCCAGGUGCUCAAACCAAGGGCCUCUCCACCACGCACUAUUUCCCCCCUCCUGUUAUUGACUUACCUUGGCACAACUCUGGCAGUAUGGGGGGCACCCAGGGCACAGCAGGAGCAGGACCCGCUGAAUCGUAUGCCAGACUAGUGCUGCUGAAGCACACAGCGGAGCGGGACCGGGAUUUCUUGGAAGACGAGCAGUUCUUUCUAGAGACCCUGAAGAAAGCUUCCUACAACAUGUCAUCCCAGACAGCAUGAGGAGUUCAGCCCCACGCAGCGCUGGUUGAGCUGGCGUUUUCUACGAAGACAAUGCGGGAUUUUGUCAUUUAUAAUCUUUUUUUAAAAAUCCAAAAAUGAGUGGCUGGAAAAAUAUAAAUGGUCAGAUACAUUCAGUCAGGCAGCAGCUAGUUUAAAAAACAAAA